AUGUCUGGCCUGUUUUCCCAUUCCGGCAGAGAGCGCGGCGACGAACUGCGCAAAUUGGCCGACUACCACAUCCAGCACGACCUCCAGCAAAGCGAUCGCGAUGCCUUGAAUUCCGCCUCGAAGACCAUCUCCUCCUGGGCCAGCGUCGGAGCAGCCGUCGGGCUGGGGCUCGGAUUAUACACUGCGAUUCGGUUAAGAAGAUCGAGAAAGGUCUUCUUCGACGUCUUUCGCGCGGCCGAGAAGCCCACCAAGGUCGUAUUUGCUGACGGUCGAACCGAGGCGCUGCCGGAUAUUACACCCAUGCUCAAGCCGACUACCCUCGGUGACUUUGCGACGUAUUUCUUUGCCUCCGCGGGAGGCCUCUUCCUCGGUGGUGAACUCGGCUUGUUAGGUGGUAUCGCGUACGGCGGUCGCCCUCUUGCAUCCGAUCCUGAGAGGAGACAGCGAAUUGAGAAUGCUCUUCGGAGCUUCCGUGUUGACACACUGCGGAAGCAGGCAGAUGAGGUGGAGAAGGGAAAGACAGGUGGAGAGUUAUUCUAA